AUGUCGUUCUCAACAGAUGGUGCAUUGAGUAUAGAUGUUUUCCAUAAAGGAGUGUUUGUUCCUAAGCCCUUGAUGUACUUCAAUCCUGAUAAGACUUCUGUCACAGAGGUAGACUUACGAAAUAUGGAGUUUAAGGACUUUAAAAUCUACAUCCGUAAUCUGACGAAGGGUAUGUGUCAUGAUAUGUACUAUUGUCUUCCAAAUCGGGCCUUAGUAGAUGGGUUGAGGGAGCUGAGAGAUGAAGAUGAUUAUGUGAGGUUUCUUGAUGCUGGAUACAAAAAUGGGAGAAGAAUCAGUAUCUACAUUGAUCACGACCAUGAGCCACUUAUGCAAUGGAUUAAAGAAGAGAUAGCCGAAGAUGGAGUGUACGGUGAUAGUGAUCCAUCUUCUGAUGAUGUGGACUCGGUGAUGUCAGAUGAUAUAUCGGUAGACCAUGAAGUUGAUGAUGAGGUUAUAGAAAUUCCUAAAUCUGUUGAUCCGUUUUUAUCCAAGAAAAAUCUUAUUCCAGAAGGAGGGAUAGAUGAGGAAGUUGAUGAUGAGGUCCACCACUUUCCUAUUCAUGAUCCCGACCAGAAAUGGGACACAAUGGUACCUGUAUUAGGCAUGAGAUUCUCUGACAGAUAUGAACUCAAGCAAAUGUUAACAAAUUAUGUUGUCUUUAAAGGGUAUGCAUUGUGGUACGAAAAAAAUGACUCAACUAGAUUGUUAGUGAGGUGUUGUAAAAAUAAAGAAGGGAAGGCAGCUUGCCCUUUUAGACUAUGGGCUACUCCAAUGAGUAGUGAAUAUUCAUUCCAGAUCAAAUCGCUAAUUGACGAACAUAACUGUUGCAGGCAAGUUAAUUUGGGGUCUAUUGUGACAUACAGGUGGAUUGGUAAAAUGUUAACGAAUGACAUUUUGGAAAAGCCCCGCAUCAGCUACAGGAACAUGGUUGCAUUAGUUAAGAAAAAUUUUGGUUUGCAUGUAAGUGUUGGGCAAUGUAGAAAUGCCAAGAGUUUUGCACUAGAUGAAAUUUCAGGUAGCUUGGUGGGACACUAUGAAAAGUUGUGGGAUUAUGGAGCGGAGUUAUUGAGGUCUAAUUCGGGUUCAACAGUCUCAAUAAAAGUGAAUCCUAUGCCUGAUUCUACAGCUUACUUUAAAAGAAUGUAUGUUUGCCUUAAGGGUGUGAAAGAUGGUUGGAUUGAAGGAUGCAGGAGGGUGAUUGGUGUUGAUGGAUGUUUUUUGAAGGGUAUUAGUAGAGGUGAGCUAUUAGAAGCUGUUGGUAGGGACUCCAACAACCAAAUGUACCCGUUGGCAUGGGCUGUAGUGUCAGUAGAAAAUAAGGAAACCUGGAAAUAG